UCCGAGCGUAGACCCGCUUCUCGAUAGCGGUUCCUCGGUGACCGACCGCAGUCGGCGCUCGCCGUGCGCGGAGUUCGCACGCUGUCUCGUUCGUGUUACCGACAACGCGGGCGGAGAGAAAAAGAGAGAAAGAAAGAAAGCGACAUACGAGGACCAAAAUGGCUAAUUGUCAGAUAACUGGAUUCUCUUGUCGGCGCGGCAGGUGAGCGAGCGCGUAGCUUACGAGUGUAUACGUCAUCACCGUCAUCGUCGUCGGGGAAGAGCUCUCGAAUGUGAAAAUUCGUGAGACGUCAUCAUCAUCAUCAUCAUCAUCAUCAUCAUCAUCGACAUAGAUAUACAUCGAGGAUCGAGGGAUCGAUACACACCAGCGCGCCGAUGAUCCUCGCACUUCGGAGCUGGUGCUGGAGCAUCAUCAUCAUCAUCAUCAUCAUUCCCUUCCUCGAGUAGCUUCCGGAGAAAGAAGGACGGUGACGAGGAUCGAUCUAUAUAUCUAUUACGUCCAUUCGAAAACAUACGUCCCUCCUUUCCCCUCCAGCCCGCAUCGUCGAUAUGCGCGCGUAUGUGUGUGUCGCGCUCGGUCGCUCGGUCAGUUAGUCGGGUCGGGCGUGUAUAUGUAUGUGCGCGCGCGCGAGAGAGAGACCGCCCGAGCUCUCUCUCCUCUCUCUCUCUCUCCCGAGGCAGAAUACUCCUGCUAAGCGCGCACUCGCUCGCGCGGGAGAAGUGAUGCGUAAGAAAAUCCCUUGGACGAUACGCCGCGAGACACGUGUGUUGGGAUGUAGACGACGGCGACAACGGGAGGAGGCGAUACCUGCCCCGCUUCGUACUUGGUCGUACGAGGACGAGCGUCCGUAUUGGUAGAUUGUGUGAUCGCACAACUCGCACUCUCUCGAGUUCCCCGUGAAACCGCGGCUAGAGCCGUGAUCCAGGCGCGGAGAGCCAUGGCUUCUGGCGCAUCCUCCUUGGACAGUGCUGGAAGUAGCGAUGGUGCACUUAACAUGGAGGGGGAUAGCGGAAGUUAUGGCAGUGUCGGAAGCCCGGUCGGUGGUCCCGAGUGUCGCAGUGCCGAAUUUGAUAAUUUGCAGGCUCAGUGCGAUCAAGCGAUGCAUCAGCUUCAACUACUUAGGCAUACGCACUCCGAUACCAUAAGACGGUGUGAGCAUACUAUGAAGGAAUUGGAGUAUUAUCGGGGGCAACAUAUAGCAGUCAUGAAUCAACUAGAAGCGACAUCCCAAGAAAGCUCCGCGUUACGGGCGAAAUAUAGUGAUCUCGCAAAUGACAAGCAACGAUUGGACCGGGAGGUGCAGAGCCUACAGAAGGAACUCUCGGAAUUGCAGCGCAUACAGAACCAAGAUGUUCUCGUCUCCGAUGCAUCGGGCAAUGAUUCUAUGAAUCAGCAUUAUCUAUCUGCGCUACGAAAAUACGAAGCUGUUAAAGACGAAUACGAUUCCCUCAGGAAACGAUACGACGAUUUGAUCGCGUCGCAUUCCUCUGCCGUUAAUAAGCUAGAGUUGUCGCAAGAGGAAGCCAAGAGGCUGAAGAAACAGUACGACAGCGUCCUGGAGGAGCGCAACAGCGCGGUCCGCGAGCGAAACGGUCUGAAGCAACAGUGCACCGCCGCGAUUCGUCAGUGGGACAUUGCAUUAAGAGAGAGAAACGAGUAUCGCGAAGCGCUCGCCAAGGUGCAACAGCAACACGAGGAGGCGGUGAAGGAGAUCAAUCAGGCGAUGGUGCUGCGCAUGAAGGCCAGCAAGGAUAUGAAAAGACUUACCGAGGAACGAAACGCCGCUCUGCAGGAAUACAGUCUAAUUAUGGGAGAACGGGACACGGUGCACAAGGAGAUCGAGAAGUUGGGCGACGAUCUCACACAAGCGUACACAAAAGUCACGCAUCUGGAAACGCAGAAUAAGCAGCUCAUGGAAGAAAAGAAAACCUUAUCUUAUCAAAUCGAGACGUUGAAGAGAGAGAUCUCGUCCGCCUUGCAAGACAGGGACGAAGCUUUGAAGCUGUGCAAUGAGUUACAGCAGAAGGUCGGCGAUUACACCGGCGAUGGUUCCAGCAGAGACUACAAACAUCGUUUGGAAGUCAACUCGUUAAGCCGCGAACGCGACAGCGUCAGCAAGGAGGCCGAGAAAGAGUCGAACCCAAGGGAUUACGCGACACGAGAAAAACAACGCAUGGAUAAUUUGGAGCAAGCCAACCUUGAGUUGGAUAAACUCAGGAAGACCGUGGAUACGCUCCAGGUGGAGCUCGAGGAGGCCAUUCAGGAGGCCGAAGUAUCGAAAAGAAGGAGGGACUGGGCGUUCAGUGAGCGCGACAAGAUAGUGCUGGAGCGAGAGGGCAUAAGAAGUCUGUGCGACAAAUUGCGAAAGGAACGCGAUCGCGCAGUUUCCGAACUAGCCAACGCUCUUCGUGAUUCCGACGACAUCAAAAAGCAACGAAAUGAGGCGUCAAAGGAAUUGAAGGACUUGAAGGAGAAGAUCGAAUACAGCGAUCAUGCGCUGCGAACCAGCCAUUUGGCGCAGAUCGACGAGGGCAACGAUUGGGAGAUGAUUCCGAUUCACGUGGAGCCCGGCAGAAUUUGCAUGGACUCGGAUCACGACGAUCUGGGAUUGAUCCUGGUUGGCGGCCGCGACAGUCCGUACUAUCCGAACGACACCGGUGUCUACAUCGCGCAAGUGACGCAGGGUAGCGCCCUCGACGGCAAGCUGCGACUCAACGAUUGCAUCGUGCGAGUGAACAACGUCGAUUGCACGUCCGUGUCGACGCGCGUGAUCUUGGAGACUUUGCGUUCGUCUUCCAUGAAUCCGGUAACUCUGAUCGUGAAGAGGCGCCGAAUAACCAGACGUCCGUUGAGAACCACGCAGUUGUCCAUCGGUUCGGUGCCGCACGGCAUAACUCUGGAACUCGGAAUUUACAUCUCCAAGAUUUCACCCGGCAGUUUGGCCGCAAAGGAUGGAAACCUCGCCGUAGGAGAUAGAGUAUUAAACAUUAAUAGUAAACCGAUGGAUACCGUUACUACGGCGCACGAAGCGAUGGCAAUCUUAAACGACGACACCGUGGACGUGUUAACCAUCACGACCCUGAAGGGUAUUUCAAUAGCGUCUGCCGCCAGUUCGGAAACGAUGGCGAUAGGCGGCAGCUUUGCGGAGAAGCAAAAGAUGGUGAACAGCUGUUCACAAACCGAACAAGAAAGAAUGAUGCUGAAAGCUUCAUCGGACGAUUAUGACAGGCGAUACCUGUCGACGAAUUUCGCCGACCGAAACGCGUAUAAGGCCGCGAAAUCUUUGAGCGGCGAAAAGUCGAGUGGCAUCAGCAACGCUUGGGACAACUUCCGGGAGAAAAUCGACAUAGUACGCGGACGCAAGCACAGCAAGGAGCGCGACGAUAACAACAAGAAGAAGGGCCACCGCAAUUCUAGUCCGAAUACAUUCGAGCAGGAGCAGGACGCGAUAGCGGAACUCGACUCGGUGAUCGACAGCUACCACAAAAAGGCGAGCAACACCAACAACAACGGCGUGCUGAAGCGCAGCAAGCGACGGGCCGCGGAGAAGAUCGAGAAGAACGGCGGCACGUGGCCGAAGGCACGAGGCGUGCCCCUCAUACAGAAUGGGACCGGUACUAUAUUGCACCCACGCAAAUCGAAAGAACGUUUUCCUCUCAGUGUUCUCUUACCCAAAUACGAGAAUUACAAUUAUAAUCGUAUCUCCAAUCCCGUAUCCCUCACCAACUUUUCCAAUGUCAAUAAUCGUCAUACCGUUUACAAAGCAGUGGAGACGCCGCUACCAAACUUCAGCAAGAACGGACAGCAGCUGUUUAACCAGAAGCCAUCGUCGUUCACUCCGGCGGUGCAGUUCAAGGAGAUCCCGAUCGACGGCGGCAAGAAGCCACCGUCGACGGAAUUCGAGAGCAGCACGUCGGAGACCGGACGACUCGGUUCUGCGCUGGCGCCGUCCGAGACCAGCAUCGACUUCUCGGUCAAGUCCGGCGGCGUCGGUCGCGACAUCGACACGUACUACGGAAACAAACGGCCGCAGAAGUACACGACCGGCGGCAGCAGCGACACCCAAAUGACCACGGACACGCUGCAGCAUAACCGCGUACACUCGCAGCUCUACUCGUCCGGUAUCGGCGGCUCGACCACGUCCGCGACGUCGACCACCAGCGGUCCGGCGUCGCGCCAGCAACUGGCACCUGGUAACUUUCCGUUUCCGCAUCAUCCGUACGUCACGUCGUCGCACUCCCAUCCGCAUUCUACGCACCAGAAUCACUCCUUACCCUCGCGUUAUCCAUCGCCGCCGUCGCUGCCGUCCGCGCAGUCCGGCGAAUCGAUAGGCCUGCCUGACGCACGUACCUACUGUUUCGAGCCCCCGUACAGUCCCGGACCGAGUUCGCAGACCGGGGUCAUCCCGUAUACCGCCUUCAAUCACCUGCACACCCCCUCCGUAGAUCUGCACUAUCACAAGUCACGCGCAUUGCCGCUCGGUACAUCCUGCGACACGCCUACCUACCUACACGGAUACGAAGGCGGUACUCUGCCGGGUCGCAAGGAGGACCAGCGUAUCCGGAUACCGUCCAACACCAGCGUCACGUCCAAGAGCAGCGUUGGCAAGUUGUCUACCGGUAGCAUAGAGAGAACAUCUGAGCGAGGCAGUCCGAUGCCGACGUUCCACGUGGAAGUGUUGAGCCCGGGCACCAGCGGGACCGAGAGCAGCAGCGGGACCGUAAGAGGUAGCAGUCAGCAUAAACGCGCGAGUAUGCCGGAUUACUAUUACUCGCAGUCGCGCCCGGCACCCGGUGAACUACGUAUGGUGCACAUAGACAAGUCAGUGGAACCACUGGGCAUUCAGAUUCAAUGUCUGAAGAGCGGUGGAGUGUUCGUCUCCACCGUGCACGAGCACAGCCUGGCGGCCCAGGUCGGCCUGCAGAUCGGCGACCAGUUGCUGGAGGUUUGUGGCAUCAACAUGCGAAGCGCGACCUAUCAACUGGCCGCCAACGUUCUACGUCAGUGCGGUAACUCGAUUACAAUGCUGGUGCAGUAUAGUCCGGAGAAAUACACCGAAUUAGAAGCGGGUUCGUCCUCGAGUUCGUCGGAAGCCGCUGACGGGGUUGCGGCCGGAAGUCGCAGCGGCUCCCCGACACCGUGCAACAGUCCGGAAGCGCCGCGCAAGCUGGAGACCUUGGAGCGGGAGGAGCCGGAACGCGACACCACUACUAUCACCAUCACCACCACUUCCGCUGCCGCCACCGCCACCGCCGUCACCACCGCCGCCCCUGUCAUGAGCAGCCUGCGCGUCGAGCGGGACAUGCGACCGUCCGCCUCCUUGGAUGUGAGAAGUACUGUGGAGCGACAGCGCGAAAUGCGACCUUCCGCUUCCCUGGACAUCAACAUCCGCAAGCCGGGACUUAGCAGCGCCGCCACGUUGGAUCGUUUCAAUCGCGCGCAAAUGUUGCGGCAGAAUGCGAUGAGAAGCCCGACGCAGGAAGAGCUGAACCGAAAACCGCCACCGCCCAGCGGCGAGCCUAGGUAUCUGCUGAUCGAGACCAGAAAGUGCUCGAAUCUCGGUAUAUCGCUGGUGGGCGGAAACGGCGUCGGGAUCUUCGUGCAUUCCGUACAACCGGGUUGUCUCGCCGAGGAGGCCGGCCUAUUCGCCGGCGACCGAAUUCUAGAGUACAACGGCGUGGAUCUGAGACAAGCGACCGCCGAGCAAGCCGCCCUCGAGUUGGCACGACCAGCGGAUAAGGUGACGAUGGUCGCUCAGUACAUGAUCGAGCGAUAUAACGAAGUCAAGGACAAACCGGGCGAUAGUUUCUACGUCAAGGCAUUGUUCGAUCGAACCGGUGAGGUGGGCGACAGCCUGCAGCUACGUUUCAACAAGGACGACGUUUUGUAUGUGGAUAAUACCAUGUUUAAUGGCACCCCAGGCCACUGGCGUGCUUGGAUAGUCGAUCAGACCGGCCGUAGACAAACUUGCGGGAUAAUCCCCAGCAAAUUUAAAGUCGAGGAAGAGUUGCUCUUGCGGCGCUCUCUGGGCGAUUUAGAACAGGAUGCCGGCAAACGUAGCAACACAAGCGCGAGGAGAAGCUUCUUCCGGCGGAAAAAGCAACCCCGUUCGGCAGGAAGCACCAGUAGAGACAGCACCAAGGAACUGUCGCAUCUCACCGGAGUCAACUUGGGAUGGUACAGCGAUAGCGGAACGUUGAACGAAGAUACUCUCCCGGCGAGUUAUCAGCGCGUUGAAAGGCUCGAUUAUCCAACUUUGAGACCUGUGCUGAUAAUCGGUCCGCUUAGCGAAUGCGUGAUAACGAAACUUCUGCAGGACUAUCCGGGACAGUUUACUAGAUGUCUAGCGGAGGCAAUGCAUUGUUCGCAGUCGACUCUGGAACAAGGCUUGCGCGAUUCGCUCUAUAUAGAUUACAGGAAAAAGGGUAGCUACUUUGAAUGCACGACUGUACAAGCCGUUAAAGAUAUAUGCGAGAAGAAUACACAUUGUAUUUUGGAAGUGUCGAUGGCUUCCAUCGACAGGCUGCACAAACAUCAAAUUUAUCCUAUCGUUUUGUUGAUAAAAUUCAAGGAUAGGACGCAAAUUAAGGAGGUAAAAGAUUCCAGAUAUCCGAGCGACAAAAUCAGUACAAAAGCCGCGAAGGAGAUGUUUGAGCAAUCGCUUAAGAUAGAAGGAGAGUAUAAGCAGCAUAUUUCUGCCGUGAUUCCGGCAGGCGUGAGCGUGGCGUAUAUAUGCACGCAGGUGAAAGCCGCGGUAGAUGACGAGCAGAGCAAAGCGCUGUGGGUUCCUAGAGGGGGUCCCUGACAUAAAAGGGGGGGUCCCCACAAGCCGCAGUGGAAGUCAAUCUAAAUUCCACCAGGGGGCCCUUACGUCGUACACGUAUGCAAAAAGUUUGCUAUGCAAAAUCAAUUAUUAUUUAUGGUCUCUUGAUUUUCCAAAGGAGGAUGCGAUGCGAUCCAAGCAUCUUCCGCUUAACGAAAAACCGCCACUUUUAAUUAUGCUGAUCGCUCAAUUUGGUUGUGAUAAUUCGAGUUUCUACCAAUCUCUCCAUUUUGCUUUAGCGCAUUUAGCUCGUUACAUUAUCGCAAUAUAAAACAGGUACAUACGCGUAUAUUUCAGUUCUUUGUCGCAUUUCUUUAAGUUGCUACUUCAAACGCUAAUCAUCAUCUCGUGUUUUAGUUAUGUGGAUUUAUUUUACGCUGUCCGCAUCGCUAUAUCAGUAUAUAAUAUAUAGUUCAUCUGUAUAUGUGUGAUUAUCAGAUCUAUUCUUAAAGUAUAUGAAUUUAUAUUGAAGGAAAUUAUUUUUCCUUCGCGUUCUUUCGGAAUUGACUUUCUUGAGAAAUAACCAGUGACAUAUUAGAUGAUUGGUGCUUGAUUUUUUGUUUUUAAAUACUCGCUCGUUGUUACUAUUA